AAGUAGAGAGAGCAAGAGAGAGAGAGAGAGAGAGAAAUCCACUGUCACAUCUCUGCACCCUCCCAGCCCUUAUGAGCUGUAGUUGCCGUAGCUCUCCUUUGCUUAAAAGGAAGCCAAGAGCAGCACUCCAAAGUGUGACACCAAGAAAGGCCUAGAGAUCCCUCAACCGCAAGCUCUCUCCCUCUCUCUCUCUCUCUUUCUACACCCAUUCCCCUGCCUCUAAGGAGACUCCUAGCUUUGGCUCUGAAAUGGGGUUCCCCAUGGGCUACUCUGAGCUCCCAAAGGUCCUCCUCCACCUUCUCUUCCUCCUAGGCCACCUGAGGCGCUUCAUUUCCUGGGCCUUCCACUCCCUCGGCCUCGGCAGCCUCGACGCCGAAGCCCAAUGGCUGGACACCACCCACCACCACCAACAACCCCACCAAUUAGAAUCCAAUUCAGUGUCGGCCGAGCUGAUCCGAGAGAUCCUGCCGGUGUUCCGGUUCCAUGACCUGCUCCUGGAGGAAGGCGGCGGCCGCCAAUUGCCGGAGAGCUGCGCGGUGUGCCUCUACGAGUUCGAGGGGGACGCGGAGGUGCGGCGGCUGAGCAAUUGCCGCCAUGUGUUUCAUCGGUGCUGCCUCGACCGGUGGGUGGAGCAUGACCAGCGGACCUGCCCCCUCUGCCGGGCCCCCGUCCUCCCCGAGGAGUUUCUGGAUGAAUUCACCAAUGCCUGGGCCACCGACGCCGACGGCUCCUCCGAUGAGUAUUACUACUCCUUUUCCUCGCCGUCGGCAUCCAUACUUCUUCCCCUUCAGUAUUAUUCCUCAUAGAAGUACUUGUAGAAGAAGUGAAAGAAGGAGAGGAAUGAAUGAAUGGACUGGUAGUGUAUAUAGGAGAAGAAAGUAGUGAAAUCCAAAGCAGAAGGCAGUUAGAGUGGAGAGGGAGAGAUUGGUUGCUUUCCUUUUCCCUUCUCCUCUUUUUUUUUCUUUCUUUUCUUUUUUUUUUU